CCGACAUGAGCUCGGAUGCCGCACAUUCCUCCCCUCAGCAGCUGGGCCGCUCGACACGUGUAUAUUAAAUGCAUCCGGGGUAGUGGCAAUCCCGAUAUUAUCAUGAAGCCCAGGGGCUCUUCCACCCCCCGCUGUGCAUAUAAGCCCCCCAUAACCUCUGCUCGUUUCAUCCCAACUCUCCUCCUUUCUUCCUCUCGAGUUCACUUCAUUUCUCGCUCGAAGAUGUUGCGCUACACUGCGCCGCUGCUGCUACUGUGCGCCGCGGUACACGUUGCCGUAGCCAUCACCGAUGGACUACUGCCUAACGGUAACUUCGAGCAAGGCCCCAGCCCGGGCAAACUCAAAGGCACAGAGGUGAAAUCCCACGACGCAAUCCCAAGCUGGGAGAUUUCUGGCUUCGUCGAGUACAUAAAAUCCGGCCAGAAGCAGGGCGACAUGCUCCUCCUCGUCCCCGAGGGAGCCUACGCCAUCCGCUUGGGCAACGAGGCGUCCAUCAAACAGAAACUCAAAGUAACAAAGGGGAUGUACUACUCCGUCACGUUCAGCGCAGCGCGAACCUGCGCGCAGGAGGAGCGCCUCAAUGUGUCUGUCACGCCAGAGUUUGGCGUGCUCCCGAUGCAGACCAUGUACAGCAGCAACGGGUGGGAUUCGUACGCGUGGGGGUUCAGGGCGAUGUUCGACGAGGUGGAUUUGGUGAUUCAUAACCCCGGGGUUGAGGAGGAUCCGGCCUGUGGACCGUUGAUCGAUUCGGUUGCCAUCAGGACUUUGUAUCCUCCGAGAAUUACAAACACCAACCUCCUAAAGAACUCCGACUUCGAAGAAGGCCCCUACAUAUUCCCCAACACCUCAUGGGGAGUCCUCAUCCCCCCAAACAUCGAAGACACACACUCCCCUCUCCCCGGCUGGAUGGUCGAGUCUCUCAAAGCUGUCAAAUACAUCGACUCCGCCCACUUCUCGGUCCCGAGGGGCAAGCGCGCAGUCGAGCUCGUCGCAGGCAAAGAGAGCGCACUCGCCCAAGUCGUCCGCACUGUCCCUGGGAAAACCUACUCCUUGACUUUCUCGGUUGGCGACGCAGCCAAUUCCUGCGAAGGUUCGAUGCUUAUUGAGGCGUACGCUGCGAAGGCCAACGUGAAGAUUCCUUAUGAGUCGCUGGGGAAGGGAGGGUUUAAGCGCGGGGUUUUGAGGUUCACGGCGGUUGAGAAGAGGACUAGGGUUGUGUUUUUGAGUAGCUUUUAUCAUAGUAAGACUGACGGGUCGCUCUGUGGACCGGUUAUCGAUGACGUGACGCUGGUUAGUGUCCGUGGCAGUGGCCGGAAACUGAGGAUGUGAAGAGAAUGAUGAAUGAGUUAGUGUUUGCAGCGAGUAUUGAGCUUGAAAAAUAUGUAUGUAGGUAGUUAAAACAUAUAAAUAUGCGUACUAAGAAAUGAAGAUUUGGGGGAUGAGCUUUGAUGUUGUGUUGUAGAAGUUGGACGCAGCUUCUUGCUGCGCUUUACUGUAGUUUGCUGUGAUAUCAAUCAACGUGAAAGAAAAAUGUUUCAUAGUC